AUGUCUGGUUGUUGUCCCUGGAAUUGUUUCGGUUUCUGCCGCCGCCACAGAUCCCCCAGCUGGGGUCCUCAGCCUGCAGCUGAUGCCGAUGCCCCUAUCGAGCUACAAACCAUUCCCGGUCCCGCCAUUCCUGUUACUAAUCCCGUGGUCCCAUCCUCUCAGGGUGCCUCCUCAUCCGACCGUUAUCAGUACGGCGAGCGCGAGAUGUGGGGAGAGUUGCGACAAAGAUGGAUCGAUGAUGCAAAUGAGCCUAACUGCACAGUCAAGCCACUAUCUUUCGAAUAUAAGGACUUGACCCAUAGUAAAAGACGGUCCCAAAGAUGGACAGCAACUUUCAACCGCUGGGGACCUGGUCCUCUCGUGCUUCAAGGUGAUCUCAGGAAUUGUCGCCUGCCUACGGGUGAUCAGUCUUACCACGAUGUCAAGAUCACAAAAAAAGCAGCCAAGCCGCACCCAAAAAGAGGGAGUGGAACUAACGUCCAUCAUGUCACGACUGCAAUGGGAGUUAUUAUUCUUAGAAAAGUUGAAAGAUACGAUGGACCUUACUGGAGUCAAGUCGCCCACGCACAGUACAAUGCUCACUUUGACCAGAAUACCUUGAGACACAUCUAUCUCGAAAACGUUGUUAAUGAGGAUACCAGAGACUUUAUACACACACUUUGGGCUAAAACUCAACCAGACAAUUCCCCUGGGUUCCAGCUAUCUGAAGAAUCAGUAAAUCAACUGGCCUGGGCGUAUGAUACCCCCGAAUAUCAUGCCAUUCUAGGCACAGAGCUUGGGAAAGGAGUAGCUGCUCUUGUUUUGUCGACAUUUCCCAGAGGUACACGUCGUAUCACCAGAAUCGUUGUCUGGAAGCAGUCUAUCAUGCAGAUCCGGUUUGAUAUUGAACACCAAGAUUACCUAGAUACAGAAAUGGCGUUGGACGAACCUACAUCGAACUACGCUUCGUCCGGUUAA